AUGGCUCCACUCCAACAUUUCAGUCGGAAAAAGGUACUCUUUUUUAUUCUUCUUUUGGUUUUCUUCACUUCAAUAUUCAGUUCUGCACACCAGCCAAAAAGUUCUGGUAGAAGAAGAUCAACGUUAGAGGUAGAAGAAGAAGAUGAGCCAGUUAUUAAGAAGAAAACUACUUCUACCAAACUAGCUUCCUCAAAAAAUACAACCAAGGUUAUUAAAUCUAAUGCAAGUUCUUCCAAGAACCAAACCAAGCUCAUUAAAUCCAAUAUUGGUUCAAUCAAGAACCAAACCAAGCUUAUUAAACUUCCUUCUGAUUCUGCCAAGAACAAAACCAAGUAUAUUAAAUCCACUCCUGAUUCCAUUAAUGAUUCUACAACCACUAUCAAAUCCCAGCUCAAGAAACUAAAUUCCACUUCAAAAACCUCAAAUUCUACUACUACAAAGACCAGUUCAAUUUCCCCCAAGAAAUCUUCAGAUUUAACCAAACUGAGCGCAUCCAAGAACAAAACAACAAAGCUCAUUACCAGUAAAGAAACAAAAACCAAAAUCCAGUUGGAAAAGAUCCUCAGUGAGUCAAAAUCCAAAAACCCAGAAAAAACCCCGCCCAAAAAGGCCCAAAAACAGUCCCAGCCAAGCUGGAUUGAUCAAUAUGAUGAUGAAGAUGACUUGGUUUCUGGGUUCAGAGACCUCCCAUCCAAGUUUCAAGAAACUCUCUUGCCAGAUUUGGAAAGAAUUUCCAAAACCUCUACAGUUUAUCUUGCAAAAUAUAAUAAAGAAUUUACAAAAGGAUUUAAACCUUAUGUUGGGAACAAAUAUGCUCCCAUGAUUGCCUCUAUAGCCUCAUUUGCCUUCAUUUUGAUCCCACUGGUUCUUGUUUCUCUAAUUUUCAACAGAAUCAAAGCCUAUUUUUCACUCCAAAAAGUCUUGAUUUUUAUGCAAGCUUAUUUGACCAUAUAUUUCUCCAUACUCUGCUUAUCUUCUUUGGUCACUGGGCUUGAGCCUAUCAAGUUCUUUUACGCAACUUCGCAGUCCACCUAUGUGUGUGUACAAAUAUUGCAAACACUUGCUUAUGUGUUGUACCUCUUGCUUCUGCUGAUGUACUUGAUCCUGGUGUUCUCCACUGAAACUGGGCUGGCCACCAAGAUACUUGGACUGGGUCAGACCUUUGUGGGCUUUUCUAUUGGGCUGCAUUGUUAUAUGACAGUCUUUCACAGGGCCGUGUUGCAUCAGCCGCCGAAGACUAAUUGGAAGAUUCACGCACUCUAUGCCACUUGUUUCCUUGUCAUUUGCCUAUUAGGUAGGGUUGAUAGGAGGAAGAAGGCCUAUGUAGAAGAUGAUGGUGAAGAGGGCAAAAAGAGUUAG